AAACAAUAGUGCACCAGAGACCAAACAACGUUUUAUUUUUAACAAACAUUGCAUCGAUUAGUUUUAAUCCAAAGCUUGUAUGAAGUAAAAAAAAAUAUAACGCAAUAUUUUGAAAGCACAGACGAAUAACAAAAACAUCGUGCCCUCUUGCACAAUAUUUGGCACAUUCUUGCGGUUCGCCUGAAAUUAUAUGGUUGUGUUACGUACUCCGAAACCGAAAAUAAACCCUUCUAGGGCUGCCUGUGUGAUUCAGACCCCCAAGUCGCGGCGCGCGCACGAGCACGUCAUUCCGAGCUACCCCGGGCCCGGGUCGUAUUUAGCAAACAUUACGCAUGAACGUGUUCCGAAACGGCUCAAAUUACUGCGUGGCCACAGAGGCUACACGGGAGCGAUGUUUUGCAAACAUCCAGACUCGGAUGUCGGAAUGUACCAUCAGUUUUUUUUUGUGCCGGGCACCCGCGGGUUCUGUGGCAAUGAGACUGGUCUAAAUAGUAAACAAUUGGGGUUAGCUGGAUGAGCAACUUAUAAAAGCUUAAGAUAGUCGAUGACUAGCACAGUUCAGUGCUUUGCCUUCCCGGGGAUACAGAUUUAUGUAGCAACUGGACUCCUGGGGCUAGAAAAGAUGCGUGGCUACAUUUUGGUGCUGAUGGUGGGGAUCGCCGUAACAGGCGUUACAGCGUACUCAAACAACUCAAACGCCAUCUACACCUGGGAGGGGGGCCGGAUCGAAUGGCCAUGUCCGACAACGAAGCGCCUCGUCAUCGCGGCCGGCAAAUACACCCCUCGGGAUCUGAUCGCUAUCCGGUGUCAGCGCGUUGAAGGAAAGACCUUGUGCGCCUUCCCGCGCUACAAGAACAGCAUCCCGAUCACAUUGAGCCAGGUGUACGCCACCAAGAAGGGCUGCGAUGUCAAAUUUGAGCCGUUCCCGUGCUGGACCGAACAGGAAGAGGGCAACUGCAACGCACUGCAGUCGGUCAUCGAUAUCUACAGCGUUGGAGAGUUCGUGUGGGUACUGGACAGUGGAAUUGUUCAGGCUCUUCGAUCACCCAUCCAACGGUGCCCCCCGAAGAUCGUUGUGUACGAGGGAAAAUCUGGAAAGAAGCUCAAGACCAUCAACCUGAACCGCUUUGUUACGGAAAAGUCGCGUCUGCAAUAUCUGCAGGUUGAGUGUCUCAAGGGAGGUCGGUGCUAUGUGUACGUCAGCGAUGCCGGAAACAACGCCAUCAUUGUGUACGACGUAUACGGAGGUCGUGGAUAUCGAGUCGUUCUUCCUAAAGCCGUGCAUCACGGGUGUCGAUUCCGGGACGUGCUGUACAUCUUCCUGUCGUACCAAAAAGAGGGAACCAAACUGUACUUUAGCUACCUUGGAGGACGUCGCUUGUUUGCCAUCCGAACGGAGCAUCUGCGCAAGGGACACGGUGGAAACAUCAUUGAUAUCGGCGAGAAGCCAAACACGCCCAUCUUUAUCGGAACUGACGCCGGAUCCGGAGUAUUCUUCCGCGAAGAAGGUGACAGCGACGUGUACUACUGGAACACCAACCAAUGCUACAAGAAGAGCAACUUCAAGCUGGUGUACAAGAGCAGCGGAGGGCUGUACGCGACGCACGUGUUCCCCGACUUCAAGAUCAACCGGCUGCUGGUGCUGGAAAAUGACUUCCCGAGCUACGUGAAGGACUACGCUGGCUGCGGAACGCUGCACCAGAUCUCGAUCCUGGACGGAACGUACACCUGCGAGUAGGUGCGGAAACUGAACGAUCGUCGGGGAUGGGAGCGAAGACAACACGGGACUCUGUACUGAAAUAUGGUAGCUUCGAGCGAAAGCUGUACAGACAUGUGAUAUAGACUAAGGCGUUAGAUUGUUUAAGAUUUUCGUUUACUUAGUAGCUAGAAAUACAUUGGAA